ACCCGGCAGAUAAGAUUCUAAAGAGCGGUGUGUUUCAAGCAGCAGUUUCCAUUUAAAAGUGUCAGACUUUAUUUAACUUAUUUCACUUUGGUCAGCUAAAAGGAGAAGAAAAGUUUGAAAACAGUUCUCAGAACACUUUGACUUUUCUUUCUAAAUACCUCCCUAUUUUUUCUUUUGUGCCUCUUUGUUGCGGAACUUUUUUAUUUAAGUUUAAAUUUCUUUCAUCCCCAAUCUCCUCUUCUCUCAGCACCGGACAGCCAACAGAUAAUUACAUUAAAUAUUCAUCAGCAAUAAGAGACCUUCAGCGUAAGUAUGUCAUACAUGGGGAAGGGGUAUUUUUGUUUUUGUAUUCGAUUAGUAGUUCCUGUAACAAGCAGGAGACCAUUUAUUUCUUUAGCUGAUGUGUUAUAAAGUCAUUGUGGCAUGUUUUUCUCUAGAAAUGCUUACUUGUGAUUAUUGAUAACUGGAAAUUGACCAAGAGAGGGAGAUGACCCCGUUUUGUUACUUCUUUUUUAAAGGGGUAAAAUCAUUUUGUCUUCAGAUGGGUUCUAUUCAAACUAAGCCCUAAAAAACAAAACCAAUUGUAGUGACCCAAGCGUCUGCGUGGAUUUAUGGUGUCCUUCAUUAGACUUACUAAAAGUAUCUAUUCAUAUGAUGAAAAAUAUCCAUUUACCAUGUACGUUGGAUGCUGGCAUUAAACACCAGUUCCCAAAAGUGGGAAAUAUUGUAUGUGCAAUAGAAAUCUUUAUAAAUCUCAAAGCAUGUGAGUAAAAAGAACCAUGCAACUCUGUUUUUCUGAGGAAUUCUAUGUACUUCAAAUUCUUUCAUUCAUCCUAUUUCCAGUUCCAGUAUUGAGUCUUGCAUGCUUUGAGGGAGCUGGGCUUCAUUAUUCCUAUUAGUUUCAGCUAGAUAGUCAUAAGAUGGACACUUAUGACCAGUAAUUACUGGCAAAUACCUGCAUUUUUACCAAAGAUCUGUUCAAUUUUUAGUAUGAAAAUUCCUAGGAGUCUCCUGUGUGAAUUCAGUGAAUUAAAAUCACUGAAUUAAAAGUGACUUAAAGGUAGGUAUUUGUAUAAUUUACUUUAGAAGCUUUGUUUUUAACUCCAGCUUCAGUUGUUUUAUUUGUUAAGGCUGUUCACUUGCUGCUGGAAUCAAAUGGUGAGUGACGGGCACUCUGGGCAGCGUGUCCCAAGUUGGUCAAGAAUUCUUGAAGUAUAUUGUCUCAGUUAAGGAAAAAAGAAAACAAUAUUGUUAUCGAUUCCCCUAGUGUGAAAAAUAAUAAUCGAGUUGUACUCUCAGCGGUACAGAUAACUGUAUAGAUAACUGGUGGUAAAGAAUAUCUGCUGCUGACCUUGCCAGGUAAUUGUAUCCUUAAUCUUGGUGUGGUGAUUUUAUAGCAGUAGUUCACAUCUUUGUUGCUUCUAGUCUAGAUUACCUUGGCUGUUCUUUCUGCAUGCAUGUUGCUUGGAAACUGCAGCUAGCACAGAAGGUGGUGGUACUGUAUGUGCUCAGUAGUAGUGUUGGUUGUACACAUCAUUGCUUUCAGCAGCUGCCUCCUCAUUUUCAAAGGGUCAAUUUAAGAUGCAAGCUUUAAUUCCUGAAGUUCCAGGUGGUACAAAGCCCGUGUGCAGCCUGCUUCUCCAGUGAGGUCAGUGAGGAUCAGCAAGUUCUCUUAAAAGUCAGGAAAGGCCUGGAAGCAAAGCUCUCUAGUGAAGUACUCUCAGCUCUGAUGCAUCCAAGCCUUAAUUUAUUGACUUGUCCCAUCAUUCCACCAAGUGUGCCCUAGUGUAUUAUUAUGGUACUGUACUGACAACAAUCUCUCUGGGUUUGGAAUUAUUUUCUCAUUUUGAUAGCAGUGUUAACUUUUUUAAUAUUUCUCGUUUGACUCUAAAUUAUCCCUGGAUACGAAGUCAGUACAGAAACCAUAAAAACUCUCAUCAAGUAGAAAUGAAGUUUCAGUGCAAAAUGAAAAAUGUGGGUCUUUAAUUAUGUCAGGUGAAUUUUGUUUCCUGCCUGUCUUGAGGGCACAGUGUUCUUUAUUUUAAGCCAAAUGAGAAAGUGUCAUAAAGGAAAUCUACCUGUUGUAAUACGAAGAUAAUGUGCUCAGAACUAUGAUUCUAUGAUUUAUUUUUAAGAUGCCUACUGCAGAUAGCAGUGACCUUUAGUAAGGUUACAUAGGACACAUCUAGUGAUGGAGAAGUGUUAGGUACCUUCCUUGUCAACAGUUUCUUAUUGCUGAAGAAUGAGAAGGAAUUACUUUGUUUAGUUUUGUGGGGUUUUACAUUCAUUUGUUUGUUUGAAUUGCUUUGUCUUUGCUGAUGAAACAAAGUACGUGCUUCCUUUGACUGGGAUCUAACUCAGAACUUAUUUUUGUUUUUAUGUAUUGAUCAGUGAUGAUUCCCUGUUGCCUGGUCACUGUGUACUCUAAGAAGAAUAGAUGAAGAAGCUUCAUGAAUUGCGAGAAUUAAUUAUUGGACUUUGUUACUGUUUUUUUUUCUCAUCCCUUUCCUCCAGAUAUAGAGUAGAAUCCUCUUUUUGCACUAGUGCAAGCAGAACUCACAAUUAUUUCCUUGUUCAUUUUUAAACCUGUUUGGGGUUUACCUUAACUUCAUGGAAUAAAAAAUUAAUUCUGAUUUUUCUCUAGUGUUGUAUGCACAUGUCUCUUGGAAGCAGCAUGCUAUAACUGAGUUCAGUAGGAUGAAAAGCUCUGCUAAGUAGGUAAAAUAACCUGAGGUUUCCAACGGGUACAGAGCUGCAUCCUUGUACGUGCAUUGGCUGCUGUCAUGGAUGUGUGAAAAAUGAGUAAAAUCCUAUAAAGUCCAGUGUAAAAAAGACCUGUUUCCUAAACCUUCAUGCCUGGGUUAGCAAACUGUUGGUGAUCAUUCUUCAUCGUGCACACGUUGACACCAAAAAUAAUUCUUGAUAGUGAUGUUUUCUUUUGAAGGGUUGAUCCAAAGCUCUGCUGGCUUGUGACAGACAGUUCUGUGUUCUCUUAGAAAUGGCUCCCUGAACAAAGUUUGCCUAUCUGGGCAGAUUUGUUUUGUUUUGUUCCGAAGAAAUGCUCCAGUUUGAAAAGCCUAUUUGAAAGCCAAGUGUUUCAAGAACACAGAAUGGAUUUCAAUGCUCUUUCCAUUAGUAUUCUUCCUAAACAAUUCACAAGCGCAGUUCAGUAGUAAGAGCAGUAUCAGGAACAUAGAUGAGAACACAGUGCUCUGGAAUGGGUACUCAUUCAUUCUCUUGUAAAAGUUUGGUUUCCUGCAAAUGAGAAACAGUCCCCUUCUCACAGCUGAGAGUCUGGACAUCGCAGCAUGUCAGAAGGCAGCUGUUCUCUGCUGCUAUGGAGGUGCUCAGCCUGAUCCCCAUGGAGCUCAGCUAUGGAAGAAAGGUAAGACUGGAUCCUCAGUGUUACCCUCAGCAGUGUCUUGCUGAUUCAGCAGGUAAGUAGCAGCACCAAUGAAAAGAUAAUCUUUUUGUUGUUGUUUUGGCCUUGUACCUCUUUUCAGCCUGUUUCCUGGGCAGGGCCAAGCCCCGCAGUAUUGUGUUUUCCCUGUUUCUUUCCUUGCUGGACCUUCCUGCCUCUUUCCAUGCCUGUGUUCUUCCUUCGCCUUCUCAUGCCCCCUCUGAAACUCAGACCACCUCAUGUGGUCAUGUUAACUUAGAAUCUCAGUAAGAGAAGUAUGGUGGGCCCACUCAUCUUCCCUUGCUACUCCAGACCAGUGGCUUUUCUUUCCCCCUCUCCCUACAUGGGUGGCUUUUAAGCUGUAAGCCCCUUCUCCCUUGUAUGUAUCCUGUAGAGUGUAAGUAGCUAAGACUCACAUCUUUUUCAAAGGCGAAUGCAUGAGGGAGCUGGGCAAAUUGUAUCUGAAUAAGCAAGAAGAAGCACAGAGACUGAGCAAGUAUGUUUUGGGGUUGCUGCUGCUAAGGGCAAAGCAGGCCAGGGUGGGCUGCUAGCAUGGAGAUGCACUGACAUAGCUGCAGGCAGCAUGUGAGAGGCUGAUGGGAAGAAGUGCAGCCUGCCUGGCUGCUGCAAGCUGUUGAGUACUGAGCACAGAAGGAAGGGUCUGCUGUGAGUAGGAGAUCUGCAUUAAAGAGGAGGUUUUGUGUGAUUCAGAGAGUAGUAGAGGAUUCUGGGGGACAAAUUCCCAUUUGUCUGUGUUGGAACAAGUUCGUUUGUGGAGGCUGUUAUGUGGUUCUCAGCUGGGCGUAGAGGGUCUCAGGUGUUUUUCUGCUUCUGUCAUCAUGUGCUAAAAUAAAAAUAAGUCUGUACUGCACUUAUAUCUGUGGGCACAGUCCUGCUGUACGUGGUGUACAGAAUGGCCUUCUCAUCUUUUUGGCACAGGCUUCACACUUCAGAAAUGAUGGAAGUUGUAUUGACCUUCCUAGUGUUCAUCUCUCCUAUAGGUUUAAUGAUCUGGCUGAAUGACUUGUGUACUGAGGUCUUGGGCAGCACAGGUGAAGUUAGCAGCAGGUGAUAUUUACUCUGCUGUGAAUUGGCACUUGGACUCCCACAGAGCCUGUUAUCUUCGAGAUAAUUCUGUAAAAGCAGUGCCUUUAAUGCCAGAGUUGGAAUCAUAGAAUCAUAGACUGACUUGUGUUGGAAGGGACAUCAAAGACUGUCUAGUUUCAAACCCACUGCCACAGGAUCCAGCACCUCACCAACCUCUCAGUGAAAAACUUAUCCCUGACAUCUAAUCUAAAUCUUUCCUCCUUUAGCUUAAGACCAUUCCCCCUUGUCCUAUUGUUAUCAGACCAUGUAAAUAGUCAAUCUCCCUCCUGAUUGUAAACCUUUUUUUAAGUACCAGAAGGUUGCAGUGAGGUCUCCCUAGAGCGCCUCUCUUCUUCUCCAGACUAAACAAGCACAGCUCCCUCGGCCUGUCUUUCAUAGAAGAGGUGCUGUAGCCCUAUGUCUUUGCGGCCCUCCUUUGGACCUGCUUCAAGUCCUUUUUGUGCAGGGGGCUCCAGGCCUGGACGCAAUACUCCAGAUGGGACCUCAUGAGGACAGAGUAGUGGGAAUCAAUCACCUCCCUCUCCCUGCUGGCCACCUCUUUUUUGAUGCAGCCUGGGACACUGUUGGCACUCUAGGCUUCAUGCACACAGUGCUGGCUCAUGUCCAGCUUCUCAUCCAUCAGGACUCCCAAGUCCCUAGUACUUCUCUCCAGGAGCUCUCUCUGACUCUACUCAUACUGAGGACUGACCCAUUCCAGGUGCAGCACCUUGCACCUGGCCUUGUUGAAUCUCAGUAAUUUCAGAUGGGCUCACUUCUCGAGGUAGUCCAAGUCUCUUUGGAUGGUUUCCCUUCCUAUCACACUGUGUUUGGAUUCAGCAGUCUGUUGGCUUUCCUGGUUGAGGGUACAACCAGAUUCUCUGUCAAAAACAGAGGCACCAAUUUAUUCUGGGAUUGGCAAUCUUAUGCGGAUAGAGGUGUUAGCAUUAACAUCAUUUCUGGAAUUUAGACCACUGGAUGCUGCAGUGCCUCUCUGUUUAAAAGAGACAUGAGCUCCCUGAUAUCUAAUCUUUAUUUGCUGCCUGGGAUGAUCACUUCUGCUGCAAUCACUGUAAUCAUCGAAUUGUAGGGGUUACAAAGAACCUCUGAAGAUCAAGUCCAACUCCCUGCUAAAGCAGGUUCCCUACAGAAGUUGCACAGGAAAGUGUCCAGACGGGUUUUGAAUAUCUCCAGAAAAAGAGGCUUCACAACCCCUAUAGGUAAAGACUCAUGGCUUUCUACGAUUUGAAAACCGCUGCUAACAGAUAACAAGCAUUCCUUCUGAAGCAUUUAAAAGCGUUAGUUGAUAGCAGAUGUAACCUCUAAAGCCGCAUUUUCCCUCUGGUACUGAACUGAAAUACAUAAACCUGCCACAGGAUGGCAGCAACCGGCCAGGUUUGAAGUAUCCUUUCCCGGUUCUGGGGGUGCAUUUAAAGGAGAAAGUAUUCAAGCUAGAUCAUUCGGUCGAUGCUAUGAUAAACACAGGUGAGGCUUUGUGCAUUUUUAUCCAUUAUUAAUGAAAGACAUGCUUUACAAAAUUUAUCACAAUAUAAUAUUGUCUAUAUGGGAGUUCAUUUGGGAGGGGUUAAAUACUGAGGGAGGUGCGUGAUCUCUUCUUAAUGAGUACCUGCUUCAUGCUACUUCUAGACUUGAGUUUCCAUUGCCAUAGGGUUGUCUGAAUUAUCACUGCAAUGUGAUGGAUGCCCUGCUGUGAUAUGCCUUCAAUUUUCCUGGAAUUCAGUGCCUAUAACCACCAGUCAUUAGCUUAUUAUAAGAUGCAUGUAAAUUUGCUUAGAGCUAAUUUACUAUCACCUCAUCUGUAAUCUGUAUUUAUUCUAUUGCCAUUAAACUGUGCUGGGAAGUGCAGGUUCUUGGCCUCUUCAUCAGAUGCAGUUUGAAACUGGAUGGAUUUCUGACUUGAACUUUUAGCAGCAGCAGUUCGCAUAGCAUUGCCAGUAGUAGGGAGACAAGCUGAAACUGAGAAACUGAAGACUAGUGUAUGGUUGACACCGGGAGCUAAUCUGAAAUACCUCAGCAUCACAAUGAGCAAAGUGUGUUAUAAAUUUCAAGUAGUUCGCUCAUGUAUUCAGCUGGUAUGACUCAGUAUUGCAGAACCCAGCACCAGGCAAGCAAGAGGCUCUCAAAGCUGUUAACAAUACUCUCAACAGGAAGACUUCCUUGGCUUCCUCCACCAGCCCAUGAAACAACAUAUUAAUUGUUUUUAUGGAGCUGUGGAAGGAGAGGGAACAACUGAGCCAUUGAUAAGGUCUGUAUGAACUUGUGUGGUUCAGAAAUUCAGGUGCCUACAGAUGCCUAUAGACCUAUAGACUGAGGAGUGUAAUUCUAAACCAGACUAGCUUGAUGACAGUUUUCCACUUUCCUCAGUCUUAAUGUGCCCAUGCAGGCUCCCAAGCAGGCAGUUGCAUCAUGGGGUCAUGAAGGUUCUGAAAGCAGCCUCCUCUCUGCUGUUCAGAACACCAGAGGAUGUGAUGGCAGGACAUAAGAUGGAGAGGGGUGCAUAUCUGUAAGAAAUGAAAGCUUUCUGUUAGUGUUCGGGAAAAGGAGUGGUACUGCUAUGGUCUGGAUAGCAUGACUAGUUUCUCUUUCCUGCCAGGCUGUUAAAAGGUAAUUUUUUUGUAGGCUUAUAGAGAAAACCUGAGCCUUACAGUUCUCUUUCUCAAAUAACAGAGUACGUUUGAAAACAUUAUGAUGGAGCAAAUGUGUUUGAUCUCAUACCUGGUAUGGGAAAGGACCUCUCAGUCUCACUGCAGGUGCAGAGGGGGCUCAGAUCACUUCAGUAAGAUGUGACCGGGCCAUGAGCUUGGCGAGGAUCUGUUGGGUUUGCCUGGGCAAAUAAAACACCUUCUGUGGAACACCUUGGCACCCUAAUGGUGAAAAGUGCUGUUUAAACUUUAGGCUUUAUUUUUCCUGUUUGCACCAAUGAAGUGACCUGAGGACUGGCUGACACUUUUUGAAAGCUCAUUUAUGUGUGUCUAAGAACAGUGAUGGUCUCUGUUUUCCCCUCAGCAGAUGCAGCCCCAGCUGACCUCUCUAGGAUUAUGAAUGGGAGCGGCAGUGCGGUGCAGCGCCUGACUCCUCGGCUGUGUGUCAGCAGUGCAGCUCUGAUGUCAGUAACUCCUCACCUCCUCUGACCCCACUUGGCAGCACAUGCUCUUGCCCAAAUAAGCAGCUCAUUUGCUUACACUCCAAGCAAACGGCACUGAAAAGAUGAUACUGCUUCUUUUGAAGUACUUUUCUGUUUAUUUGCAAGAUCAGAGAGGCUGUGUUUACUCAGGCAAUCCACUCUGAAAUUCCUGUUGGAGCUGUUAAUUCAUAUUUGUUCUCUGAGAUACCAGUUGCUUCCAUUUUUUCUCUUCAGUGUCUGAGCAGCACUGCAAACUGCACCGGUGUUAAAACCUCCCAGGGUAAGAUGAGAAUGUAUUCUGUAGGGCUUGUCUCCUAUCCUUCUAGUAAUGCUAACUUCACACAGACAGGACAUCAUAUGGAAGAACUUCCUGUACCCCUUUCAGUAUCUGAAGGGUUGCUACAAGGAGGAUAGGACAGACAAUUUCCAGGCGGACAUAGUUUCAAACUAAAAGAGGGGAGAUUUAGAUUGGAUAUAAAUUUUUUUUUACAAUGAGGGCACAGAUUACCCAGAGAGGUGAUGGAAGCCUUAUCUCUGGAGAUAUUCAAGGUCUGGCUGGACAUGGCUCUGGGCAACUGAUGGAGCUGACAGUGUCCCUGUUCAUCACAAGAAAGUUGGACCAGAUGGCAUUUAGGUUCCCUUCCAUCUCAAGUGAUUCUAUGGUUCUUCAGCAGAAGCUACUGAAAUUAUUUACAUACUUAUAUCCUAUAUAUAGCAAAGUGCUAUGAGAAAUUCUCAGGUUGCAUCAUUGUCAGCCUUUUGGAGUUACUGGGCAAAUAUUGUUUUGUUAAGUAGAUCACAUAGGAAUGUGAAAUUCUUGAAGUUUAAAAAAAAAGAAAAAAUGAGGAAUGUUUUUCUAUUUAGAAAUGCCUUGCAUCGAAGCUUACCAUGAGAAAGACUGCAUCUCCAGCUGUUCUGUGUACAGCAAUGACGCCUGGAAGAUCACUGAGGUGAUGGCAUCUGUCUUCCCAACAUUAUGAGGAAGGACACAGCCAGGUAUAAUGAUAUCAGCCCUCCCUGCAUGUGCUAUUAAUGAAAGAGUUAAAGAAGUUUUUUUUUAAAAAAAAGUGUUAGUAACUCUCAUUUGGCACUACUAAAUGCUAAGAAAGAAGCUGACAGAAGCUGAAACAUCUCUCCUAUAAAGAAAGGUUGAGGGAGUUGGGUUUAUUCGGUUUGGAAAAGACAAGGGUCAGGGGAGACCUCACUACAGCCUUGUGAUAGAUAGAGCUUAAAAUCAGGAAGGAGACUGACUUUUUUAGUGGACUGAUGGUGAGAGGAAAAGGAGAAUGGCUUUAAACUAAAAGAGGUGAUUUAAGUUAGAUUUUAGGUAGAAAUUUUCUUCUCAGAGGACACUGAGGCCCUGGCACAGCUGACUAGAGAAGCUGUGGGUGCACCAUCCCUGAAGGUGCUCAAGGCUGGUUGGAUAGGGCUCUCGGCAGACUGAGCUGGUGGGGGUCAGCCCUGCCAUGACAGGGGCUGGGGAUUGGAUGAUCUUUAAGGUCCCCUCUGACCUAAGCCAUUCUAUGAUUCUGUGAUUUAAAAAGUUGCUUUUCAGUUUAAUGUCUUCAUAUGGAUAAUAAUUAAAAAUAUAUACUUUAAGAAAAAGAAAUGCAUACUUGGCUGUGAUAUUUUGUUAAACCUCCUGUGCAGAAUGUUAAAAUACCUUAGUCGUAAUUACAGAAAUUAUCUUCCAUUCUUAUGCUUUAUGAGAUGCAUCAUCUGGGGAAAGAAGAAUGAAAUUAUGAAUGACCGCUGUGAUCUGAGUUGCCACCAUGAUGAUUUCUCCAAAGUUCAUCUUCCUCCAGCUAGAAUGACUCCAGCUGCAUCCUGUCUAGGUUCCCCCUUUGCUGUGAUGAAAAACUGUAGUGACUGUUUGCAGUCCUGCUUUGUUUCGAUUAUUAAGCUGUACGUCAAUGAACAGGUAAUUGUUCACAGCCUAAUUUCUGUAGUAGCAGACAGGACAGGUAUCAGGCUUUUAGUUUUACUAGAGAAACCACCAGCACUAUAUGAAUGCCUGGCCUCACAAGAGGGUUCCUCACAUUUGGUGGCAGUGUGUUGUCAGCUGGAAGCUUGUCCUUUGUAUUUUCCUUGCAGUGAUGUAUCUGCCUACUUGUGUUUUAGUGACUGCACUCUCAGGAGUACCAUGGCUGUUGCUCCUUGUAGUAUUCCUUCAUCAGCUAAACCUGUGGUGGGUUGUAGAAGUUAAAGGCUACCUUAUGAUCUGAAGCAUAAAGCUACGGGUGUUCUCUAGUUGCUUUCUUGAGGCCUGCUAAUUGAAUGCUGCCCACUGUCUGCAAUCAGAGACAUGGCUGAGCUUUUCUGGUUUGUUAUCUUUGAGAUAAGUUUGUGGUUUUGCCUCCCUACGCAACAUGUAGUUAUCCUGCCAGGCAAAAACCAGUUCCUGCAAAACAGCACACAGGUGUGGGUGGCUGAAAACAUGUUUGUAAUUAGCAGCAGUAAUUUGAGGCUUUGGACAGUGCUUGUUAUUGUGGCCAGAGAGGCAGCUGCACCUAGCCUCAGUUUAUUCAAAAUUAAUUUCAUUAGCAUUUAUCCACCUGAAUCACCACGAAGGGCAACUUUUAACCUUAAUGAUGUCAGGAGAGGCAGGGGAGAUCUUGGCAUGAGGGCAGCUGUGCCAACUGGAAAGGAGAAGGAGCAGCCUGUGAAUAUGGAUAAGUGCUGUCCUGAAAUAAAGUAACUCAUGUGAUAGGAAGGAGUUAUGGUUUUCCUUUUUCCUCCAAGUUUAGACAUGAAGAAUAUCAGUCGUCACUAAACUUUCUCUAAGAGGUGAGACCUGGCAUGAGAGAAAAGCAAAUGGUUAAUAUAUGAUGGUAAGGAACAAUGUAGAGCAAUUAUGGGAAGUGCCUGAUUCCCCAUUACCAACUUUAUACUUCUGACUUAAACCUUGUUACACAGCUUACAGGUGGUUCUCUGACCACUUAUAGCUGUUUUCAGAUGGGAUCGUCUGCUAGAUGCUUUCCAAGUUUUGGUCUUAUUGGAGGGAGCGACUCUCUCACUACCUUGGCAAUCUCCAUUAGACCAGUUUGGUUCAUGGUGGGUGCAGGCACAUGAACUGGGCAUCAGAAGAAAAAGCAUCUUUCCUUUUCAGCAUCCCAAGAGGACAUGUUAUUUUGGAUUUCUGAAUACAGAGAAAUAAACGCUAUUACAGGAAGUUCAGAAAAGGUAAGAGUGUAAGAAUCCACCUUGUCUAGAGCUUCUCUGCUAGUCUCCCAGGCUGAUUAUUGUUAUAACAUGCUCCUAUUAUCUGCUCUCACAUCUGGAUUUUAGGAACCCAGGUUUGAAUGGGAAGCUGUGGGGUGUGAUCCUUACUAGGUUGUGUCUUCUGGGGUGCCUUGUGCCAAGCAAGCACAAAGUCAGUGGAAAGAAUCCUCUUCUCUGACAUGGUGACAGACAACAAAAGAAUGCAUGGUGUCUUGGGGUUUGCUCGUGUUUUUGCUUCCUGAACAUAAUCUCACCUGAACACACUAAGAUAGAAUUCUGUGUUUCUAUCAUAGUUUUAAUGAAACUAUGAAACAAGAGAAGAAAAAGCAUUGUCAAAAAGGAGACUCGCACCUUCCUCACCAUGGCCCAAACACACCUGUGUGUGUUCUCAUACGCUAAUGUUUGCUUUGUUCUGGUAAUGGUUGCUUGAUGAUGUGAGUGAGUAAAACUUCAUUGAAGCCAAUUCAGCUCUAUUAUACUGCUGCCUGUAAUCAGUUGCCCUAUAAAUACAGUUGACACCACUGCUGUUUCACCUUGGUCUAUCUGGAAUUGUCUUUUAUCUGGCUAAGCUGUGACAGCAGGUUUGGGGUGGGCUUUCUUUGUUGUUUGUUUGUUUUAUUUUGCUCUUAUGAUUGGUUAACUAUUUCCUGAUUUGUUUUACUUGCUUUUGCAAUUGUGAUAUAACAAUGCCUUCUGCAGGGAUAGGAGUAGCAAGUGGCUCUUGUGUGUAGCAUGUAAAAUUAAAUGUUAAAGUGGCACUACUGCAGCAUAGGGUAACACAGGCCUGCUUUCUUAAAAGUAGACAUUGCAAACAGCAUGCAGCUAGUACAGUCAUUCCCAUUUAUCCGUUGAUGUGUUUUAAGCAUUACUGGCCUCAUCCAGUGUUUAUAGGAGGUUCAGGUGACCAUUAGACAAAGCUCUGCAUAAAUCAUUUCAGUAAGUCUGUUUGCUUGGAAGCAGUGAACAACUACAUGGUCACAUUUCAGAAGAUAAUUUCUUACCAAUAUGAAAUUUGUUUUCUUACUGUAUCAUCCAAGUCCACAGACAUCAUGACAGGGUUAUUCUUUUCAAGGGGUUAGCAGAGCUAGAGGUGUUAACAUGUGUCACAACAUGUGCUGUCUUGUUGGAUACAGAUGUUUUCUUUCUUUUAUUUGGUGGGGAUUACAAAGAUACAAAGAAAAGUGCAAAGUGGAACAGAUUGCCCAGAAAAGCUGUGGAUGGCCCAUCCUUGGAAGCAUUCAAGGGUGGGCUGAAUCAGCUAUGGGCAGCCUGAGCUGGUGGGUGGCAGCCCUGCCCACAGCAGAGGACUGGGGCUGGGUGGACUUUGAAUUCCCUUCCAACCCAAAUCAUUCUGUGAUUAAAGACUAAAUAUGCUCUGAGCUGAAUCACUUAAAGUGCAUAAAAUGUGUCAAGAAGACAAUAACUCACUUUUCAACAGUGGGGGAAAAAUCCGGCUGUACUUAGAAUGCACAACAUAGGCAGGUUCUUAAUGAUGUAAAAAGAAGAAUCGUGGAUCUUAAGGCACUUUCCAGUAGAGGCCGAAAACUGUCUUUCCUUUAUUUGAAACUAGUAACUAUCCUGGUGGUAAAGUAACUUCAGAGUUGAUUUCUUCUGCUGUACUGAAGCUAUGUUCUCAGGCUAUGAGACACUGUUUGGUUUUUUUUUUUUUUUUUUUUUUUGCUUGUUUGUUUGUUUUUUAAACCUCUGUAAGAUAUUUUUCCUCCAAAUAUCAUCUGAAUUAAAAUUCUAAUGGACUUUGGUGAAGACAAAAAGACAAAAGUAAUGGCAUUUCACUGAUAUACCGAUAUGCACAGCCCUCGUUGGUGUGUCUGUAAAUCCGUGGGUUGUGUGGUUGUCUUUUUGUUAGACACACACUCUUCAUUCAAGAUUUCUGUAAGCAGCUGUAAUACGGAUGUGAGGAAAUCUGCUGCCUUCACCGGUCACAGGCUCACAGCCUGUACUAAGAGAUAGGAUUAGAUAAUAAGAACAGGUUGGGAGGCUACAAAGCUCCUGUCCCUUGCAAUUUCCUUCUUUAGGUUAUUAGUCUAGUUGAAGAACUUCCCUGAAUAGUCUGAGCAGAAACAGAAGGCUGGAUUUAUUUUGUUUUUUCCUGGUGUUUGGGACAUACUGGGGAAAAGGCAAGUUUUGGCUCAUAAGCUUUGCUGAAAAUGUCUGUCCAGUUGUCUCCACAGGCGCCCUGGAGGAACAACAACAUCAGUUUUCUGAGCAGGGAAGCUGUUGUCACAGAACAAGGAGAGACCAUUAUAGGCUUCUACCUACUGGCUUUAGGUUGGAUGUCUUGGUUUGGAAAUAGUAUUGUGAUUUUUGUUCUGUAUAAACAGAGACAUCUUCUGCAGCCCACUGACUACCUCACAUUUAACUUGGCUGUAUCAGAUGCCAGUAUCUCUGUGUUUGGUUAUUCAAGGGGGAUCAUUGAAAUAUUCAACGUCUUCAGAGAUGAUGGAUUCAUUAUCACGUCAAUAUGGACUUGCCAGGUUGAUGGUUUCCUCACACUUCUCUUUGGUCUGGCUAGCAUUAACACCCUCACAGUGAUCAGUGUGACUCGCUAUAUAAAAGGCUGCCAUCCUGAGAGAGCUCACUGUAUCAGCAACAACAGUAUGACAGUGGCUAUGGUCCUCAUCUGGCUAGCAGCCUUUUUCUGGUCAGCAGCUCCACUGCUCGGCUGGGGCAGCUAUACAGAUCGCAUGUAUGGAACAUGUGAGAUAGAUUGGGCAAAGGCCAACUUCUCUACAAUCUACAAGUCCUAUAUUGUCUCCAUUUUUAUCUGCUGUUUCUUCCUACCUGUAACAGUCAUGGUCUUCUCAUACGUCUCAAUUAUCAAUACUGUCAAAUUAAGCCAUGCAUUAACAGGACUCAGUGAUCCUACAGACAGACAGAGGAGAAUGGAGCGCGAUGUCACCAGGGUCUCUAUUGUUAUUUGCACAGCCUUCAUUAUUGCAUGGUCACCAUAUGCUGUCAUCUCUAUAUGGUCUGCGUAUGGUCACCCUGUGCCCAACCUUACCAGCAUCCUUGCCAGUUUGUUUGCUAAGUCUGCCAGUUUCUACAAUCCUAUUAUCUACUUUGGAAUGAGCUCCAAAUUUCGGAGGGACAUUUUUAUCUUGUUCCAUUGUGCCAAGGAAGCCAAGGACCCAGUGAAGCUCAAACGUUUCAAGAACCUCAAGCAAAAACAAGAACCUUCUCAGAAAGAAGAGAAGUAUGCAGCAGAAAUGCAUCCUGCACCAAGCCCAGAUUCUGGUGUGGGAAGUCCAACCAACACCCCACCUCCAGCAAACAGGGAAGAAUAUUUUGGUAUUCUUGAUACACCAUCUAACAACCCUGACAUUGAGUGUGAUAGACUGUAAGUUUUGUGGCCACUUCACAAAUGCACCCACUUUGUGUCCAGGAAAACCCUCUUCAGAUCACUAAGUGAUAUCUCAACUCCCAAUCCAUCCAUUUCUUGCUAUAGCACUGACAACUACGCAACAACUCAAGCAAAUCAGAUGACAAAUAUUUUCCUUCUGUAUAGGUACAAAAUGCUACAAAACAUAUUACAUUAUGACCAGCACACACAGUGCUCGAAACAUUCAAUUUUCACAAAUAUGAAAGAACAAGCAUUAGCUAGCAAAAAACAAAACCAAAAAACUAGUAUGCUCCUAUUCAAUUUUAUCAUCAGAUUACAUUUCCAAAUCUAUUUUCUACUUUUCAGCAAUCCCAACCAUAGUGGCUCUCUUUAGCUCUGUGGUGUAGCACAGUCCCCACCCAUAGGAGAAGAUGGAUCCUCCUGAGAUUGCUAUGGAACUGCUGCUCUAGUUCUGCAAGCUGGUAGGCACAGCUGCUCCUUCCCUACAGGAGUAGAAUUGCUAUGCCCACAUGGGUAUGCAUCAGACUGCCUGUGCACACCCAACUCUACAUGUGUCUACGCAAGUGCUAGGAGCUGUAGGUCUAGGUAUUUUGUAGUUGCUGUAGAUUUAACAGAGACUUUAUACUUUUCCUUGUUUGUUUCCAGAAUUAUUUCCAUCUUCCCUGACAUUUCCAGUGAGCAGGGCCUGGCUGUAGCGUGCACAUGCCCAAAAGCUGGCUUUAACUUUCCUGAUGUUUCUCUCUAUCUCAACUGCUUUACUAAAUGACCAUUAAGGUGGAACAUGAGAUGUUUUGCAGCCAACGAAACACAUGACAGUAAGAGUAAGACAAUAAGAGUAUCGAAAAAGUAUGGCAUCAGUGCUAUUUACAAAAUACAAACUGACAACAAUUCACUGCUGCUGUUAAAUAAAGUUUUUGUACUUACCUACUAUGGACAAAAAAAUAAAAAUAAAAGAAGACUUUUAGAUAAAUGCAAAAAUGUAGAAACAAAGGAUAGAAAUUUAAACAGCAACACUACAGGAUUAAAUCAGCAGUGAGAAUACCUGACACUAUAACACCCAAUUAUUCCAUCAAUUUAAUUUCACAGAAUGAAAGUAAGGAACCACAUGUUCAUAAUUCCCCAUCUUAGUAAUUAACUGAGCACACAGAUUUCCAUCACAACAUCUUUGUAUUAAUCCUGGAAAUUCUGUGGGUUCAAUCAGUGCCAUUUUCAUGCUAAGCAAGGGUGGGGGAAGAAAAAUUAUUAAAUGAUUUGUUGCUAACCUCAUUGAUAUUUAUGACUUUGUGGAAUCUUUCAUGUUGAGCGUAUGCUCAGAUAUAGUUGUUUUCCAACAGUUUGUAACUUCCCCAAGAAACACAUUUGGAAAAAUCAAAGUGAGCCCACCUUCAUCUCCUCCAUUACUCUAUUUGUUUUGAGAAAAGCACUUGUGUUUUGAAGUUAAAAAGAAAUAAACAUUUUAAGCAACAGUUGGGAACUGUUUCCUUUCACAGCCACAGAUUUGAACUACAAGAAUAUUCAUCCCUGUGGAAAAUUUUGAGAUACGGGUGCUAUUUCAUUACUGUCAAUAAUUAAAAGCAAAUAAGUAAACUGUUGACUUCCAGAUAAAAGUGCAUGCUAUAACUGAAGAAACAGAUGAAGCCGUUUAAGGCAAACCCCUGUCACAGCUGGAUGAAGGCAGUCUAGGCCAGCAAAAGCUGGCACAUGGUUUUAAAAGCUUCUAUGUCUAACCCCAAAUCCUCCUUGGCAGCCCCACUGGACUGAGCUUAGCCACUGCUGCACACACCCAGAAGUCACUUCAGGAGGAGUGCCACGCAUCCCUUUGGGUGCAGUUCACAGAGGUACCCACAGCAACAGCCACUCCAAGCAUUGGCAAGUAGCCACAGACAACUGGUUAGCAUUUAAUCACCAUUUCUGCUAAUUUAUGGAUGUUUCCAGAAAGCAUAUGUGCUAUUACACGUGCACACAGCAGCAAGGGAGAGACAGGAAUAAGAUGCAUGAACCAGAGUGAAGCAACAUAAGAGGGGAAGAAGACGUGCUAGGAAGAGAGGGGUCAAUAGCUUCAGGACACAUACCUGCCCAAAAACAACUAGAAACUGCCAAUGCAACAAAAGCCUUGACUGAACAGUACAGAUCUCAUAUUUGCCAUGCCUGAGGCUACAGUCCUUGUAGACGGAUACAUGGUAGUACCACAAGACUUCAUGACUGCAGUGCAGAACAUCUGGUUUUGCAGGUUAUUUGGGGGAAAAGAAAGAGGAUGGAUGCCUUUGCAGGCACUGACCUGUGC